GUAAUCUUACCUCGCUUCUCCGUUGUAAGUGAUUAAAUACGGCUAGUGUCUUGGCAGCUUAUACCCCAGCCUAAAUUCACCCUCACAAGUAUUAUCAUGAGAAAUGACGACAUAUGAUUGAUGUGUCAUAAACCCUCUUUCAACCCUCAUCGCGUCCUCCAUAUACAAGCCAUCUCCACGUGAUGGUCAGUAUGCGGAUAAUACGAAUACGAAUACUCUCCUUGCGACGCGCAUUCAAAAAGCAUUUCGUCGCGUCAGCCAUUCUUCUUCUGCUUGCGGUUUGGUUCGCCACCGGAAUCCUAUUUCCUCGAGCACCAGAACGACCGAAAUGGGCGGAUCGCGCAGUCACGCCAGCUCAACGAGCCGAAGUCGUCAAAGAUGUGUUUAAGUUCGCUUGGAGGGGUUAUUACACUCAUGCCUUUCCUAAUGAUGAACUCAUCCCCUUGUGGAACUGGUAUAGCAAUUCCAGGAAUGGUUGGGGUGCGACUGCCGUAGAAGCGUUAGGCACCGCAGCUAUCAUGGACAUACCUGAAAUCGUGGACCAGAUACUAGAUUUUAUCCCUACAAUCGAUUUUACAAAGACUAAGGAUCCAGUAGACUUAUUCGAAACAACAAUUCGCUAUUUGGGAGGUAUGCUUUCAGCAUACGAGCUACUCACAGGUCCUAUGCAUCAUUUAGCCCACAACAAGCCAGAAAAUGUUGAAUCACUUCUAACUCAGUCGACCACAUUAGCCAACACACUGAAAUUUGCAUUCGAUACUCCCACGGGAAUUCCACGGAAGACACUUCUGCUCGACAAGCAAAUGGCUACUGGUUCCAUAAAUACGGCUAGUUCAAUCGGGACUUUAGUUCUUGAAUGGACUCGACUUUCUGAUAUUACAGGCGACGAGCAGUACGCUGCUCUCGUCGAUAAGUCGAUGAAUUAUCUGCUUAAUCCGAAACCGCAGAUUACUGAACCGUACCCAGGUAUCGUGGGAACUUGGGUCAAUGUGGAUAGAGGCGAAUUUACCGAUGCUUGGGGGACGUGGGGCGGGGGUGGAGACUCAUUUUAUGAGUAUCUGAUCAAGAUGUUUGUGUAUGAUCAGGCACGCUUUGGCUUGAACAUGGAGAGAUGGGUUAAGGCUAUCGACUCAACUAUUGAAUACGUAGCGGAAACACCGCAGGGAGGAAACCUAACCUUCCUUACACAUACCACCGGCAAGAGCCUAGAUCACGAAAGCGGCCAUCUACAAUGCUUUGCAGGCGGUAAUUUCAUCCUCGGUGGCAAAAUUCUAAACAUAACACGCUACAUCGACUUCGGUCUCAAGAUCACAGAAAGCUGCCACGAAAUGUACAUUCGCACAGCCACUGGAAUCGGACCAGAGACAAUUUCUUGGCCACCUGCAAGGAUGACACCUGAACAAGAGAACCAGUUCAAAACUCUCGGUUUCGGUAUCACGAAUGCAAAUUUUGAUCUCCGACCCGAAACAGUGGAGAGCUACUAUUACGCUUACCGUGUGACAAAGGAUCGAAAGUAUCAAGAUUGGGCUUGGGAAGCUUUCGUUGCCAUUGUGGCUCAUACAAAGACGAGGAAUGGAUUCUCCCCCAUAAGCAAUGUUAACAAAGUUGGUGGUGGGAUGAAACGAGGCAGCAAGCAAGAAAGUUUCUUGUUCUCCGAACUAUUCAAGUAUUUGUAUCUUAUUUUUGCCGAGGAAACCGAGAUUCAGGUCAACUAUGAAGGGCGAAAUGAGUGGGUGUUCAGCACCGAAGGUCAUCCCUUGAGAAUCUCUGGGACUGCGGUGUAGAUCAGGAGGACUGCGUAGCAUAUCCUGAAGCAGCAAUUCUCUUCAGUGGCUCUCGAUUGUUGAGUCCGGUCAGCGAGAAGUAUAGCGUAGCACAGGUGGAUACUGGGCUAUCUAGUGCAACUGGCGUAUCAUAUUGGCCUUCUGAGAAUGAACCUAUUAUUGCCUGAGAUUGGAUAAUGGGUAGGUAUGCUUCCCAGCCACCUGGGCAGGGUUUGAAAAACGUUCAUCCAAACGCAUCGUUCACGAUCACAUGUUGUCUUGUAUAAACUCAUUCAUCAGGAAUAUGAGAAAGCAUUAUUAGUAAUUAUAACAAUUUAAAUAACAGCGCAUACCGCUGGGUACUAGAAAAUCCGCCUCUAGCAAGCACGCAAACACGAUCAUGUAUAUAG